CAACCGGGCGGCCCUCUCUUCUCGAUUCCUUUCAAAGCCUGCAAAGAAUCCCAGCACUCACUAUGAUGCUUACCAAUCUUUUAUCUUUUGUUGUAUUUCUUCUUUCCUUUACUCUGUUGAGUAGAGGAGCAGAGUAUACCACUAUGGAUGAUCUUAGUCUUGAAUAUCUUGCAGCGAGUGGUGGAAGACAAGGGGUCCAUGCCAUCGACAACAACAAGCUUAUUCCUGGGAAACAACAUGAUUUCCAACCGGAGGCGUGGGAUACGCAAUGGCUCGAAACCCGGAUUCCGACGCGAGGAUUUGAAGAUAUCAUUGUUACUCCGACGCCAAUGCCGACAGUGACAAGGAUGAUAGCGAACCCUGAAGACCCUGAAGACGAUGACUCCUCUUUACCCAGCUCCGACAUCGACUCUGCCGUCAAGCAUAUUUACGACUCCUUCUCGUCGCCAGAAGAAUCUGCAUUCCCCUCCACAUCAAUUUCAUCGCUCGCCGAUAGUAAGAACUACGUCGCUAGUCUAAGAGCAGACGACAAAAUCUUGCCAGUGAUGAUAAAGAAGGAGGGAAUGGGGGCCAUGAAUCAUGAAACGUGGGAUGAUGAUACAGGGGCAUGGGUCUUGAUAUAACAUCUAACACAUCGAAUACAUUCGUC